AAUCAACGGAGCCUCGUGAAUAGAGAAAUUCUAUACACCAAAAUUCAACUCAAUACCAUCUUUCCAUUCCACCAUGGCCGAUGUUGACGACGGCGCUGCCGCUCCCGUAUCGGAGCCUCUCGACUUGGUGCGCUUGUGUCUGGACGAGGUUGUUUUUGUGAAGCUGCGCGGCGAUCGAGAACUCAAGGGUCGUCUACAUGUAUGCCCCGCCCCCUCAUCGAGAACAACCACGAAAUUCCGGUGGAUUUACCGACUGACCACGACACAGGCCUAUGAUAGUCAUUGCAAUUUGGUUUUAGGGGAGGUACAGGAGACGGUCUACGUGGUAGACGAGGACGACGAUGGCGAAGAGACAGUCAAGGUGCGCGUCGUAGACGACAAGCAAAGCUGGAAUUCUUUGGCGGUGGCCAUACUGACGAUGUUGACAGACAAUUCACAAGAAAUCCGAGAUGUUAUUUGUGCGAGGUGUGUUGCCUGACGCCUUUAUUUUGGCGUACUAGCUAAUGCCAUCUAGGCGAUAGUGUAGUCCUCAUUUCCCCUCAAGGCACCUCAUGAGCCGGCCUUUUACAUGACUCUCGAUAUCCCUACCAACAUCCCGUUCCACUUUGUGACGAAGGCAAAACAGGCAUAUGGGUUGCAUUGCAGGAUGUGCAAUUGGUGGUUUGGAAAGAUGCGGAUGCAGAUGCGGACUCUGCUGUGAGGC